AUGGAUACACUGAAAUCGUUCAAUACACGAAACAUUCUUGUCGAUAAGAAGAGACGUUCGCAAGAUAAUGGAAGCGGAAUUGUAGCAUCGAAAAGGCCCAAAUUGGAAGGAGAUACAAUGGCCGUGAGAUCCGAAAUGCAUUGUGUGACGGAGCAGAAGAAUAACCAUAAGAGCUACACAUCAGCACUACUUCCAUUUCCAGCAACACAACCAACACACACUGGCUACAUCGUUUCGGCAACGUUGUUACCAUCGUUAUCAUCAUAA